AGCCAGUUCAUUCGGCACGGGACAGAGCAGAUGAGCCACCUACGCUCAUCAAGGAGGACCUUCUUACCUCAGGAACAAGACGGAGCGCCUCAGACACAAAGGAAGAGCUGGAUGAAUCGGGAGCGCCUCCUUUAAAAAGGAUUUGUUCAGGGGAAAAUGCCACCCUCAGAUAGCUUAUUUAUAACUAUUCUGUCAAAUUGCACAAUUUACCGGUUGUUGAUUGCUGUAAGAUUUGUUUAAAUUUUAUAUUUUCACAAAUAUUACUCAAAACAUUUCAGCUAGCAAAAUAAAAAAAAAUGUCCUAACAGCUUUGUUUUUGCUUUAAGCCUUUGAAGUUUAUUUGUUCAGUAUUUUAACAGAAUUGAAAUUUCCUUCAAAUUUUGUACGUACCAAGCCAUAUUGUGCAUUUCUGUGCGCAAUGCUUAGAAAUCUGCCACGUUUUUUUUUAUUUGUUCUUUUUUCUGAUAAAUUUGGCAUGUUUCCGUAUUUUAGUGCUUUAAUUUUUAAGCUUUUYUGCCAAUCUCAUAAAAGGUAUUUCAUGUAUAGCUUUUUGUAGAUUGUUGUUUAAAUGUACCAUUACGUAUUAUGGGCUCGCUAGAACAAAUUCUUUGGCUUGUCUAACUUGAUAAUAAAACUUGUUUGUAAAAAAAGGGA